CCCCUGGAGCUGUGCCUGGUUGUUAGCGCCGGGCGGGGCAACCUGAGAAAGAACCUGAGGUGAGGCCGGAAGCACUCGGAAGUCAGGUGUUCCCCUGGCGGUGAGAGUGAUUGGUUUGGAAGGACGUGAAUGAUGCUGAGGUGACUGCUGAACUGUCUGGGCAGGCUUGAGAGUCCAGGGUAAUUCCCUGUGACCUGUGUACCCUUUUGGAGAGGAGAAGAAGGAGAGGCCUGCUUUCCCUGGAAUCCGGUGGUCAGAUCCCUACCUGGAGCCUUGAAUGCCCACCUCAGGUGUCAGCAUGGAGUUCUGAAGUCCAUGUGGUUCCUCACAGUGAACCAGGUCUUAAGGAAAAUGCAGAGACGCCACAGCAGCAACACGGAUAACGUUCCACCUGAAAGAAAUCGCAGCCAAGCGCUCAGCUCCGAGGCGAGUGUGGAUGAAGGCGGCGUCUUUGAGAGUCUGAAGGCAGAAGCAGCCUCCCCACCAGCACUCUUCUCAGGCUUAUCUGGCCUCCCGGCAGGCAGCCUCCCUACUACCCCAUUCCCCUCCAGCCUGGUGCUGGGGGCCUCAGCUGGCGGCGGGGACGUGUUCCUCCAGAUGCCCGCGUCCAGGGAGGAAGGUGGGGGCCGAGGCGAGGGGGGCACCUACCACCACCGCCAGCCCCACCACCACUUCCACCACAGCGGCCACCGAGGGGGCUCCCUGCUGCAGCACGUGGGCGGGGACCACCGCGCACACUCAGACGACGGGGGUGAUGAGCAGCCAGGGACACCAGCCCCAGCCCUGUCUGAGCUGAAGGCUGUGAUCUGCUGGCUCCAGAAAGGGCUGCCCUUCAUCUUGAUCCUCCUGGCCAAAGUGUGCUUCCAGCAUAAGCUCGGCAUUGCUGUGUGCAUUGGGAUGGCCAGCACCUUCGCCUAUGCCAACUCCACACUCCGGGAGCAGGUCUCUCUAAAGGAGAAGAGGUCGGUGCUGGUCAUCUUGUGGAUCCUGGCUUUUCUGGCGGGGAAUACCCUCUAUGUGCUCUACACGUUCAGUUCCCAGCAGCUGUACAACAGCCUCAUAUUCCUGAAGCCCAACCUGGAGACGCUGGACUUCUUUGACCUGCUGUGGAUUGUGGGGAUCGCAGACUUUGUGCUGAAAUACAUCACCAUCGCCCUCAAGUGCCUUGUCGUGGCUCUGCCCAAGAUCAUCCUGGCCGUCAAGUCCAAGGGAAAGUUCUAUCUGGUCAUCGAGGAGUUGAGCCAGCUGUUCCGAUCACUUGUUCCCAUCCAACUGUGGUAUAAAUACAUCAUGGGUGAUGACGCCUCCAACAGCUACUUCCUGGGAGGGGUCCUGAUCAUUCUCUACAGCCUCUGCAAGUCAUUCGAUAUCUGUGGCCGCUUGGGUGGUGUUAGGAAAGCCCUGAAGCUUCUCUGCACCUCUCAGAAUUACGGAGUCCGGGCCACUGGACAGCAGUGCACAGAAGCUGGUGAUAUCUGUGCCAUCUGCCAGGCCGAGUUCCGAGAGCCUCUGAUCCUUAUGUGUCAGCACGUGUUCUGUGAGGAGUGCCUCUGCCUCUGGCUGGAUCGAGAGCGCACCUGCCCACUCUGCCGCUCGGUUGCCGUGGAUACUCUACGCUGCUGGAAGGAUGGGGCCACCUCGGCACACUUCCAGGUGUACUAGGGCUGACGACUGCGCCAUCAACUAGGGACCCCUGCACACCAGGGAGGUCACGGAGAUUCAGCGGUGUUGGGUCCAACUCUGGGGACUUCCUGGAACAAAGGCCUCAAGCACGAACUGUCCCUCCCCCUGCCUCAUUCCAUCUCUUCCCCUAAAGCCAGGCCGCUAUCCUGCCUGCCUUCACCUUCCUCUCUCAUUCUGUUCGUGUUCUCUUCAUCCUUCCUCUACACAUGGGGAAGCCGUCUCACUCAGACUUAUAUCCACCUUCCCUCCACAUCAAGGAACUAGUGACAGACCGAGUACCAGACAGCCCGUGGUGACCUAAUACCUGAUGCUGCAAGUGAGAGAGCCCUGGAGAUACUGCUUUCCCUCAAAUGGCCCAGGUCCACAGAGAAGAAUCACUGUGAAGUAUUUUCCAAGUACAAAUGCUGAGCCCCACCUUAUACCUAAAUAACCUAGUGGACCAGACAGUGUAAACCAGGCAUAGCAUCGAGCCUCCUGCCUCGACGGCCUCCUGUAAUCCUCUCAGCAGCCCUCUGUGGAAGUACUGUGUGUUUUCCAUUUCACAGAUAAGGAAACUGAGGCUCAUGGCAAGCAGUGAUGAACCGAGUUUCCAACCCAGGCGUGUCCGGCUUCAGAGCCUGACUCUUAACCAUAUGCUCACCAGCUGCUCAGACACUGCAGGCAUGGAGCCCAGCAGGCAUGGGUUUUUUUUUUUAAAGCACAAGAGGUAAUUCCGAUGCCCAUCAAUGGCUCGGGUGCAUAGCCUGGGCGAUUAGACUGCACUGAGAGUGUUGCUCUAAGUGAACACUAGCUCCUGAAAUCUAGUUGUGGCUGGGUCCAUGGAAAGACGUGGUCCUUAAAAUCGCUGUUUUGCUGGUCUCUGGCUGGGAUGCUCAACCAU